GACACGCAAUUUUAGUCUUGUUCAGUCCGUCAAGGUGUGAGCUUCGAAGUCUUCCUCGUCUUUGUGCUUCCAGCGAUGAUCGUGAGAUUAGCUCUCGCCCUCUUCUGCGCCCUCGCGGUGCUGCGCGGCAGCGAUGCACGCACUUCCGAUGAGCUGAGAGUGAAACUGAGCCACGGCGGAGUCGUCGUGGGGCGCCACUUGGUGUCUCACGACGGCAUCGGCAUCAGGGCUUUCAUGGGCAUCCCAUACGCCGAGCCGCCUCUCGGGAGCCUGAGAUUCCGCGCCCCAGUCGCCAAGUCUGGCUGGUCAGGAGAGCGCCAGACAGUCGCCGAUUCGCCCGUUUGCACACAGAGAGAUCCCUAUCGUCGGGACAACGAGGUGUGGGGCAGCGAGGAUUGUCUCUACCUCAAUGUCUACGCUCCUGAAGGCGUGCAGAAGGACGAAGUGCUGCCCGUGAUGGUCUUCUUCCACGGGGGCGGCUGGCAGUGUGGCAGCGGAAUCAGUUCCUUCUACGGUCCUGACUUCCUCAUGGAACACCGAAUUGUGUAUGUGGCAGCGAACUUCCGCCUUGGGCCGCUGGGAUUCCUCAGCACAGGCACUCUGGAGUGUCCUGGAAACUUCGGUCUGAAGGAUCAAGUCCUUGUGCUGCGGUGGAUCCAGCAGAACAUUGCUGGCUUCGGAGGCAAUCGCGAUUCCGUGACGGUGUUUGGCGAGAGCGCAGGUGGAGCUUCUGGCACGUACAUGAUGAUGUCUCCUCAGACCAGAGGACUCUUCCACAGAGUCAUCAGUCAAUCGGGCACCAAUCUUUGCGCCUGGGCACAGCCAGCGCACAAAGGAGUGGCGGAAAAGCGAGCAGAGCGCCUGGGCGAGAUGCUGGGAUGCGAAGGCAGCGAAAAUCUAAUGGAGUGCCUGAGAAAGAAGUCAGCUGAUGAGAUCACGGAGAAGUUCUACGACUUUUUCGAAUGGGACACCGAUCCAAUGAUUCCCUUCGUGCCUGUGGUGGAGCCCGAUCAUCCGGAGGCCUUCAUAACGAAGCAUCCGCGCGAAGAAAUGCAGCCGCACGGACUCUCGCUGCCCUGGAUGUCGGGAGUGACCAUGGAUGAGGGUGCCCUCAAGAGUGCCUCUCUGAUCAACGUGCCAGAACUCACUGAGAGCCUCAACGAGAACUGGGAUCACGCCCUUCCCAUUUCGCUCAACUACGAUCAUCACUCUUUGUCUCGCCAGAAGGAAAUCACUUCUGCCAUCAACGAAUUCUACUUCAAGAACAGGAAACUCACGCCCGAAACGAGCCAAAAUCUCACGAAUCUCUACUCGGACGCAUGGUUUGUGUUGGGCUUCGAUGAAUAUCUCAGGAUUAGACUCACGCAGAGUCAGGGAAAGAGAGGACCAACUUUCGUCUACCUGUUCGCCCACAAGGGAUCGGCCAGUUUCACGGAGAUCUUCAAAGGCGGCAGAGAGAAGUACUACGGCGUUUGCCAUGCUGAGGAGCUCCAGUAUCUCUUUCCGGUGGGUAAAGAGCUCUUUGUCAGCGCCGUUCCCACGCAGAAUGACAUCAAGAUGCGAAAACUCAUCACGAAGCUCUGGGUGAACUUCGCCAAAACUGGCCAUCCCACGCCCAAAGGCAGUGGUCUGACCUUCAGCUGGAAGGAGGCCAAGGGCUAUCCCGUGGACUAUCUGCGCCUGGGAAGGAUGGACGACGAAGAGAAGUCCUUGGCGAGCAUGGAGAGAGGUUUGUUCGAGGAGAGAAUCAACUUUUGGCGCCGCUUGAGAGCCCAUCACGCGGCUGAUGAUGAUAAUUCAAUCAGGAAUGAAUUGUAGAAUAUGUUUUGAUAGAUAAUAAACUGUGUUACAUUCGGUUAAGCGGAUUAACUGUUGAGCUAUUUUAUGAACCCUAAAAGUGAUCAAAACGACUAAAAAAUCGUAAAAAAGAGAUUUGUCGUAUAAUGAGGGAAAUAGGUAUGCUGUAUAAGUCUUCAAUUCUUAAAUAUUUGUUGAUAUUACUCAAAUUUCUAUAUGAAAACGCGUUUCGGGGUAUUUGUGAAUGAUACACGAAAAAAUUGAGCAUUUUUAGCAUAUUUAGUCACUAAAUGUAACAUUAACUACAUGGUCUUUUCCUCUUUUCACAAGGUCUGAUAUGAUUUUGAUUCCAAAAUUACCGUAGAAGGUUACAAGAAAAUCUUAGCUUUUGCACGCAGAUUUUACGUUCUUGGCUCUGACCAAAAAUGAUAUAGAAAAAUUAAGGGGAUUAUUGUACAUGAAACAUAAAUUGUAUUUUACAACUUCCAUUGGAUUAAUUAAUUUUACCAAUUGAGAUAUUAAAAAUGUGAUGAAUCACGCCGAAAUUGCACAAAUAAAUCGAUCUAUUCUAUUGCUAAAAUUGGUUAUUUAUUAAUAUUUUUGGUAUUCCUGCGCCUUCUUUGUCUUCUUCUCAGAAUAUCAAUCGCUCAGCCGCCCAAAAAGCUAAAUUAAAAA